UUCCAGCAGACGUGGCAAUCGUCUACGUCAUCAUAGUGUGCCUGAUUCAUGGGAAAGGAAAGAGCUGCAGCACCGAGCAAAAAAGAAGAUGAUGGAAGAAAGUGGGAUAGAAAGUACACCUCCAGCCAGCCCUAACCCCCCAAGUUUGCCCCCCACAAUGGCUCCCAUAGCCAGUUCUCCUCCGGAGUCUUCUGGCUUGACCAGUGCCAUGCCAUUCCCAAACACCAGUUCCAUCUCUGUUGGUUCUCCCUCCGUCUCUGCCCCCAACCCCUCUCUCUCGUUGCCAGCCAUCACCAGCCCUUUGGUCCCAUCUCUGUCUGGGCCGUACCAGUCUCCCUCCACAUUCUCUGCUCCUUUCACCAACACCAAUUUGUUUCCCACCACUGCCUCUCCUUCCUUGCCAAUGCCACCUCUGACCUCUUUGGUGGGACCGCCACCUGCUGCUGCUCCUGGGCUGACAACGCCCCCUGUUGGUCCUCCUAUGACUGGAUUCUCUAUGAGCGCUGGAUAUGACAUCACAAGAGGCCACGCUGGGCGAGCGCCACAGACACCACUAAUGCCUUCUUUCUCUAAUCCCUCUGCCAUGCCAGGUGUUGUGUCUAACCCCAUGGUGCAACAGCCCGUUAUGUCUGGUGGAGUAAACACUGGCUCUCCCAUUACUUUUCCGGUGGAGCACGAAGACCCCAGAGUGUCUGGACCUCCAAAUGCGGGUGGGGGCCUUUGGGGAUUCUUUAAGGGUGUAGCAGGUAACACUGUAGUGAAGACUGUUCUGGAUAAAACAAAGCACUCUGUGGAAUCGAUGAUCACCACUUUGGACCCUGGAAUGGCUCCUUACAUCAAAUCUGGGGGAGACAUUGACAUUGUUGUGACAUCAGAGAAAGAGAUGCACAUAGAGGCUGUGAGAGAUGCUUUUCAGGAAGUGUUUGGGAUGGCCAUGGUAACUGGAGAGGCUGGACAAUCCAACAUUGCUCCACAGCCAGUUGGUUAUGCUGCUGGCAUCAAGGGGGCACAGGAGCGCAUUGACAGCCUGCGGCGGUCUAGUGUGAUACACGAGAAGCAACCAGUCGUCUCUUUGGAAAACUUCAUUGCUGAACUUUUUCCUGACAAGUGGUUUGACAUUGGUUGUUUGAUCCUGGAGGAUCCAGGGCACAAUAUCCAUAUUGAGGUCUUUACUCAAGCUACACCUCUGGCUCUUGAGCAUGUGCAGCAGGCUCAGGCAUUGACACCUCCUGACUACAGUUUACGGUGGUCUGGUCUUAUUGCAACAAUGGGUGAGGUUCUGGAGCGAAGUCUUCCCAAUAUCAACCGCACAGACUGGCAUUUCGCCUUGACGGGCAUGACCCAGCGUCACAUGAUACAGAGUGCAGCCAAAGCUCUGGCAGGGAUCUACAAACAACAACUGCCUCCACGGACUGUUUAGAGCUGCUGUGUAAGCCCAUUGUAAUUAAUUAAUCUACAAGAGAUGGAUUCUCUAGUAUUGAACGUUGAGCAUUAGGAGAGCAACUAUCCAAAUUUUGCACAAGGUUUCCCUCUGCUCUAGUCUACAUGCAUCCACUGAAGCCAAAUGUACAUAUUGUUUGUGUGAAUUAUUUUACAUGUCAGCCUUUUUUUUUUUUUUUUUUUUUACAGAAGUUUUAAUUGAUCUCUUAAGUUUUCUUUCACUGUCUCUGAUCUCUCAAUUUAUUGCAACUAAUUGGCUGGUUGAUAAUAUCUGAUAAUAUAAUAGCAAUAAUGCCAAUAAAUUUAUGUUUGGGUUGUAAAAUAUGAUUUCAGAUCAAGUGCACAGAAUGUUCCAGUUAUACUCUCCAUACUGUGUGGCGUAACACUGAAGUAGGCAAUCCACUAUUCUUUAUAAUUAUCCAUCCAUUCAAUUUCACUUUUCCAAGCUGUUUCAUGUUUGUAAUGAUGUCGUAUUCAUAUAGGAUAAUGCAAAUCAGAUAAUUGUCUUAAUUUGGUAUAUGUUAUCUGGCCCCAGGUAAGCGGAAGAAAAUGGAUGGAUGGAUUAUCUAAAUAUACUUCAUUGUGCAUCAUUAAUUACUAUUGCUUAUUUAACACUUUUCUUUGAGUCACUUUUUAUUAAAUUAAUGAUUGAAAUGCAGUAUAUACAGUACUUGGAAUCAGCACUGGUGGGUUUUUUUUCCUAUCCACUUGAAAUCAAAACUGGCACAGUCCAACAUUUAUUGUCAGCAGAAACAAAGGUGCAAUUUUAUUUUUUUCAAAAAGUAGUUGCAUUACUCUUCUCACUUGUCAGUUGAAAGAACUUUGAUCCAUGAGUUUAAAAUGUAACAAAAAAUAUUCUUGUUCAA